AUGGAAUGGACACCGGCGGACCGCGAUGGUGAUGGUGAUGGAGAUGGCCCCUUUGAGUGGGACCCCAGAGAUGCCGAAGUAACUGGAUAUGGCAGCUGGCACACCGCCGACGAGAGCCAUGAUGACGAUGAUGAUGAAGGCCGUGGCGACGUGUAUGAGGAUGCCAAUGAGGGUGGUGAGAACGAGGAUGGAGACGGAGACGAAGACGACGAUGAGGAUGAGGAUGAGGAUGAUCCCGACUAUCGUGACGAGCCAGAUGAGGAUGACGAGGAUCUUCACGAACAUGACGAGGACGAAGAAGCAGACGGUGACGACCGGGUGGAGUACGCCUUUGGCGAUUUCCGAUUCCAGAUUGUCAUCGAUGAUGAAGAGGCGGGACGAGACGAAGCCGCCCUGAGGCUGAUUUCACUAUUAAGAGCUGGCCAAAGAUCGGGGCUCUUGACCAGACAGCAGCUCAUGACAUUAUUCCGCGGCACCGGCCUAGGCCGUGGGAUACCCGUCACACCGAAAGAUCCCAACAGGUUUCCCAAGGUCCCCAGCGCAGAGGGCAGAAAGCUCAUGGAGUCUGGAGUCUUUGGCUUGAGCGAUACUGACCUGCGGACUAAAAAACGAAUCGCAAGACGCCUGUUGGAUCGAGAGAUUGGUUUGGGAGACCGGAUGACGAGAAAGCGAACCAACGGUGCUUUAGCUCAAAGCUUCAUCCCCGGGAGCAAGGCGGAGAAAAUCAUCCACUAUGAUCACCCCAUCUACUCUGGCCAGUUCUCCGAUGACGGCAACUUCUUCUUCUCAUGCUGUCAGGACUUUAAUGUGCGCAUGUACGACACGUCCAAUCCCUACAACUGGAAGCUUUACAAAACAGUAAGCUACCCCUUUGGUCAAUGGACACUUACGGACGCCUCCCUGAGUCCGGACAACCGCUGGCUGGCGUAUACAUCUAUCCAAAGCAUCGUCUCAAUAGCCCCCACCGACCCCAGAGACAAGGGAGAGCCUUACUCUCUCGAGCUUGAUGACGGGGAGGGCCAUACAAGACUCUCAUUUUGGCGUAACCGUGGCUCCUUUGGAAUCUGGUCCGUCAGGUUUUCAGGCGAUGGACGAGAGCUCGUUGCUGGUACCAGCGCUCACUCGCUAGUCGUCUACGAUAUCGAAUCCAGGAGAGUCCUUCAUCACAUCACCGGUCACCAAGACGAUGUCAACGCCGUGUGUUUUGCAGACAAGGCGUCCCCCCACAUCAUCUACUCCGGCUCAGACGACACAACCAUCAAAGUGUGGGAUCGGCGAAGCAUGGGAGACAAUCGGGAGGCCGGCGCCUUUGUGGGCCACACCGAGGGCCUGACGUACAUCGACAGCAAGGGCGACGGGCGAUAUAUUCUCAGCAACGGCAAGGAACAGAGCAUGAAGCUGUGGGAUCUGCGCAUGGCCAUGUCGACGGAUCGGUUCCGCGAAGUCACCAAGGACAACGACACCCGCCUGGACAGGUUCGAUUAUAGGCAAGACGAAUAUGACGACGACGACUGGGACUUGCACCCCCACGACAACUCUCUCGUCACUUUCCGGGGCCACAAGGUUCUGCGUACGCUUAUUCGAUGCCACUUCUCGCCGCCGUCGUCGACCAACUCGCGCUACGUCUACUCUGGCAGUGCGGACGGCAAGGUGCACAUCUGGAACAUGGAUGCGACUAAAGCAGGCGAAAUCGACGUACAGGGGGCGACUGAUCAGACGAGGAGGCUCGAUCGCCGUACUCGGGUCUACUUUGACGAGCCCGGGGGCUGGGGCACAUGCGUCCGUGAUGCUAGCUGGCAUCCUAGUGCGCCCAUCAUUGUUGCGUCUGCAUGGAAUGGAUACAGCAUGGCGCGAGGUACUUGCACAGUCCACGCAUUUAACGGGUCAUCUGAAGAUGAAGGAGAGCCUAGGCUGGGAGACAGUGUCAAUGAGUCGCUGAGGUCGGAUCCAGAGACGUUUUAUCAAUCGCGGUUUUAG